AUGCUACUCGACGUUCACGCUGAUGUCAAUGCCCAGGGUGGAUGUUAUGGCAAUGCCCUCUAUGCCGCUGCAUAUGGAGAAAGUACUGAGAUAGUGCGGAUGCUACUCGACGCUCACGCUGACGUUAAUGCUCAGGGUGGAGAGUACGGGUCCCCUCUUUUGGCGUCUGUCCAUAGAGGCAAUGUUGAUCAAGUUCAAAUUCUUCUAAAUGCCGGUGCAGAAUUUUUAAUAGCAGAUGAACUCGGCCAAACUCCUCUUCAUGCUGCAGCCUCGAGAAACGUGCUCCAAAGUAUCUAUUAA